AUGGCACAGACGACGAAACUCGUGUCGGUCGAUCAGAUUUUGGCGCACAACACGCCCGACUCCUGUUGGCUAGUAAUCGAGGACCAAGUGUGGGACGUGUCCAAGUUUGCCCCCGAGCACCCAGGCGGUGCAUCCUUAAUCUACAAGUAUGCCGCGAAAGACGCGACCGAGGCGUUCUCCGAAAUCCACUCCCUCUCGAUACUCCGCGACAGUCUCUCCCCGGAUUGCUGCGUGGGAAUGCUGGACCGAUCCUCCAUCUCGGAAAAGUGGAAUCAGGCUCAAGCGCAGAGGCAAAAUCAGGUCGCAAAGUCCCUGUCGACUUCUGCAAAACCGCCGUUGGACUCUAUUUUGAACAGUUACGACUUUGAUGCUGCCGCAGCGGCCUCAGCACCCAAGAAAGCCUACACCUUCUACUCGACCGCCGACACUGAUUGUUGGACCCGAGAUGCCAACGAGGCCAUGCUCAAGCGUAUCUGGUUCCGGCCGCGCGUCCUGAGGGAUGUCGAGGUGGUCGACACUUCGGGGAGCAUGCUGGGAAUCCCCAUGACGCUUCCGCUGUUCAUCUGUCCCACGGGGCUGGCCAAAUUGAUCUCGCCGCACGCCGAGAAGGGACUGGCUCGGGCGGCCAAGGCGGCAGGAAUCCUCGAGAUUAUCUCCACCAGUGCGAGCUAUCCCAUCGAUGAAGUUGUCGCUCAAGCGCCAGGCUAUCCCUUCUUCCUGCAGCUCUACAUGAACAAACAGAGACAAAAGUCGGCCGACCUGCUGUCCAAGGCCCGGUCGAUGGGGUUGAAGGCCGUUUUCGUGACCGUGGACGCGGCGGGCCGGGGGAAGCGCGAGUCGGACGAGCGCCUGGUGGUCGACGAUGUCAUUGUCAACCCCGUCACCGGCGAGCAGGCCAAGGCGGACAAGAAGGGCGGCGGAUUGACGCGCACCAUGGGCAGCUAUAUCGACCAGAGCUUGAAGUGGGACGACAUCGCCUGGAUCCGGAGCAAAACCGACCUGCCCAUCAUCCUCAAAGGCAUCGGUUGUGCCGAGGACGCAAAACGCGCCAUGGCCCACCAUGUUGACGGCAUCCUGCUGAGCAACCACGGCGGCCGCAACCUGGACUACUCGCCGCCUUCGAUCCUCUUGCUGCUGGAGAUGCACCGCUGCUGCCCGGAGAUUUUUGACAAGAUGGAGGUCUACGUCGACGGCGGCUUCCGGAGGGGCGGCGACAUCCUCAAGGCGCUCUGCUUGGGAGCAAAGGCCGUGGGCAUCGGCCGAACCUUUCUCUAUGCGCUGAACUAUGGCACAGAAGGCGUGGCGCAUCUUGUGGAGAUCCUCCGGAACGAGAUGGAAAGUGCCAUGAAGCUGAUUGGAAUCCAAAAUCUCUCUCAAGUCCAUGGAGGGCUGGUCAACACCUCAGACGUGGAUCAUCUGGUGCCAGACAGCGCCGACCAUUCAUACGUCAAGUGGCGACCGAGUGCCAAACUCUAG